CUUGCUUGAUCAGCUUGAUUUGACACAUCACAUUUGAUUUCCCCGUUUUUCCAUUUCGGGACAUAAUUAAAUAAAAAUAAUACCUAUAAACUGUCGAACCGGUGUUUUGAAGUUUAAUUAAUUACUUGCUUAUAACCUUGCUUUCAUCCGUCAGUGAUUUGUGAAUCGAGUGUCUUACCGAACGAAAGAAAUUUGUCGAAGUUGCAAUAUUUAUGACUACUUAAUUGUGUAGUGAUUUUUAAUCGGUUUUAAAAAUGACUGAAAGUUCACCAGACGAGACAAGUUCUAGACGUAAAGACUUCAUUUGCGGCGUAGUUGAAGGCUUUUACGGACGUCCAUGGACAACUGAACAAAGAAAAGAUUUAUUUCAUAAAUUGAAGAAAUGGGGUAUGGAUAUGUAUGUCUAUGCACCUAAAGAUGAUUACAAGCAUAGAGCAUACUGGAGAGAACUGUAUACAGUGGAAGAGGCUGAACAUCUUACUUCCUUGAUAUGUGCGGCUAAAUCACAAGGAAUCACCUUCUGUUAUGCUCUCUCACCUGGCCUGGAUAUAACUUACAGCAGCCAGAAAGAGAUAACUACAUUGAAGAGGAAGUUGGAACAGGUGUCACAAUUUGGCUGCACUUGUUUUGCUCUGCUGUUUGAUGACAUUGAACCAGAGAUGAGCGAGGCGGACAAACAGAUAUUCCAAAGUUUUGCUCAUGCACAAGUAUCAGUGACCAAUGAAAUCCAUCAACAUCUCGGCUGCCCUCGUUUCCUGCUUUGCCCCACUCAGUAUUGUUCCACAAGAGCCGUGCCGACAGUCAACAGCUCGGAAUAUCUUAUCACAUUGGGGACUAAACUCUCACAGCAGAUUGAUAUCAUGUGGACUGGUCCUAAAGUGAUAUCAAAAACGUUAACAACUGAAUGUAUAGAAGAGAUCACGCAAGUGUUACGUCGACCUCCAGUUAUAUGGGACAACCUGCAUGCUAAUGACUACGAUCAAAAACGAAUCUUUCUGGGACCAUACUGUGGACGGUCUCCUGAACUAAUUCCCCUUCUCCGUGGAGUGCUGACUAACCCUAACUGUGAAUACAACGCUAAUAUGAUACCUAUAUGGACUCUAGCGCAUUGGGCUAAUUGCAGUUUAGAUGCGCCUGCGCAUAUGGAAGCAGUAUCAUGGGAUAUUAAAUUGGAGCGUGAGAGCGAGCAAGGUGUAUGCGAGGACGAACCCCCUCUCACUCUAGGCAAGCACGUCUAUCACCAUAGACAAGCUUUAAGACAAGCGAUAAAUGAAUGGCUGCCGGAGUUCUCUAUACCUAAGACAGCUCAAGGACCUGUUAUAAAACCACAACCUCCUGUAACAGUACCCCCAGUGGCGAUAGUCCCUAUCCUACCGUCGGUGAACACGUGCAUGUCGCUGGUGACGGCCACCAGCACCACGCACACCACCAGCACGGCGGACAUGAGCGCGGCCGUCCCCGCCAUCCCCACCAUCCCCACCGUCAACACCAGCCAGCUGCAGGCGCUCGCCGACGUCUGCUCCGCCACUCCGGACAGACCGAUACUCUCCACUGGGAUAUCGCCGAUAGAAACAUUCAACCCAGUAGCGAACCCAGUAAUGAACUCUUUAGUGUCACCGACAAAAGUUAUUUUAAACGAAUCCAUACCGAAUCCAAUUAUACCCAUCGCAAGUUCCAAUAUGGCGUUACCUUCAGAAAUACCAGUUUCUACAUUACCCGUACCCAUAAUCGGUUUAAAAGCUUUAGAAGGCCAUGAUAAAGAUCAGAAUAUGGAUAAAAUAGAAAUGAACGAUACAGCGAGUAAUGAUAGCAUUCUAGAAACUUCUAGCUUUAUAGAAGAGAUGAAGAAGGAUAAAGAAGAUGAUAUAAUAGUUGAUGAUGUUGAACCGCAACUGGAUAUACAAAAGAAUGGAGAAAUGAGUAUUGGAGCCACGCCGCAGACGCUGAGCCCGCGCCGCUGCAGCAACGCUGAUGCUGCACUGGAGCCGCUGGAUGUAGACCCGCCCUCCACCGCCGCGGACUCUGACGUCGUCAUGAAUGAUGGACUUAGCGAGAAUGGUUCGAUGCAAGUGGAACCCAGCAACAGUCCAUUGAGUGGUGACAUGAUGGUCGAACCAACGGAAUUAAAUGAACCCACAGAUGAGUACACAAUAAAAUCAAUUGUAUUACGUUUUGUUUCAGAGCUCGGCAAAUUCCCACAAAAUAUAACAUCUAACACACAAGCGAGUUACACAUGGUUCUCGAAAGGCUGGCGCGAGGCGUUCGAGAGCGGGCUGCAGGAGCCGUGGGUGUUCCGCGGCGGGCUGACGGCGGACCUGCGGCGGCUGCUGGCGGUGGAGUGCGGCGACGCGCGCCCGCAGCUGCUGCCGCUCGGCCUGCCGCUCUCUGUGCGCCCCUAUACCGCGCAGGAUGAACAUGCGGUGACAAUGUUAUGUAACAAAAUGUGCAGAGACACCGCCGACUGCGCUGAUCUGUUUCCAAGUGAUCUGCAGAAUUUACCCGCGGAUAGACUGGUGUCGUCAUUCCUUACGCUAUGUCCUGAACUGUGUAUGGUGAUAGAAGAUGACUCGGGCUGCAUCCAGCAAGAAGCAGACACAGAAGUAGAAGUUGACGACUCAGAAGAUAAAUCGGAGAGUAUCGCGGAAGUCAAAUUAAAUGGUAUAAAACCGGAGAUAGUAGGGUAUGCUUGCGCGGCGCUCAACGCUAAAGAGUUCUACAGGAAGCAGGAAGUGGCCUGGAUACCGGAGAUGUGCCAGAAAUACCCGCAGGAACUGCUCCAGAGAGAAGACCUCAGUCCAGCUGCCAAGGUCGGUUGUACUGAUGUCAGCAAUCACACUAUAUUACACAACUUAGGGGGUGUGAGCGGUGUGCACGCGUGUAUCGAUCCUUCAGACCAGUACCUGCAUCAGUUCUACACAAAGUUGGGCUUCGUGGAGCUGUCGCGGGAGGGCGGCGCGGUGUUCCUCGCGCGCGCCUUCUAGCGCCCGCACCGCAGGACGCUGCGCACGCGCCCGCGCCCGCGACGACAGCGCUGACUGCAAGCAGCACCGAAUGCAGGCGACACCGACUGUAGUCAACGCCGACUUGAGUUAGCACCGACUGCAGUCAGCACCGACUAGUCAACACUAACUGUAAACAACACCAACUGCAGUCAACACUAACUGUAGUCAACACCAACUGCAGUCGACACUAUCUGCAAACAGCACCAACUGUAGUAUACAGCAACUCCAGUCAACACCGACUAAAGUCAAUACCAAUUGCAGUCAACACUAACUACGGUAACCACCAACUGCGGUCACCACUAACUGCUGUGAGCACCAACUGAAGUCUGCACCAAUUGUAGUUAACACCAACUGAAGUCAGCGCCAACUCCAGUAAGCACUAACUGCAGUCAACACUAAAUGUAGUCACCACCAACUGUAGUUAGUGUUGACUGCAAUCUGACUCAAUUAGAUUUAUUAUGAUACUAUCUUAAGCUAUGUAAAUAUUUAUAAGCGUAUCUGAUAUCUCUACUCUGACGUAUUUCCUUUAGUAUCUUUUCUGACGUCCCCGUGCGUUCUGACGUUAUUUAUUUUUUCUGACUCCAUAAUGACUAAUUUCGAUACGACUUGUAUGGCGUUUUAUUACACUGUCGCUUUUAUUUCAUAUGACAUGUCACCCUUGUCUUCUGUCUUAAUUUAUGACACGCUUUAUUUAUCUUAACAAAUUUUAUUUAUGCAUUUUCACACUUCUUAUAUAUCUAACACUUGUAUGUUUAGUACCAGACUAAUAAUUUAGUCGAGUAUAGAGUAAUUUAUUCACGUUUAUAAGAUUUCCUAAUCUCGACUAUAUUUUCAUACAUGUUAAGAUACUAAAUUACUAGGUACUCGACUAAAUUACUAGUCUAGUUUAAACUAGGCUUUAGUAUAAGUAAAAAGUUCAAAUCCGCCCACACAAAAAUAUCAAACUCUGUGCGUUUCCACUAUCAAACAUGUACAGAAACAUUGUCAUUCAACACAUUCUGUUUAUUAAAGAGAUAUGUUUGUAAGAAAUUUUACGAGUGCAAACACGCGGUUACUCAAUAAGUAAAUUUACAAAGGGUGAUGGCAGAUUCAAUUACUUCAUAGUAAUUUUUUUUUUAUUUAUUUUAAAAAUAAGCCUUUUUCGUUGUUGCUAUAUUUUAUCCGUAAAAAUCAUAUAAAAGUAUUAGAAUAUACAAUAAACAGUGCUAUUGUUUUUAUUAUUUAUAAUCGUAUAAUACAUUUUAGCAUAUACCUGUUUACCCUAUUUUAUUUUCUGUUUAUUUAACACACAAAAAAACUAAAAAAAAGAUGAGAAAAAUCAUUUAUGAAAUCACAGUUUAUUUUUUUCUAAUAAGUUGUAAUAAUUUAUUUCUACAGACUUAGACAGAUAUAAAAAUAUUUUUACACUUAUAACAUGUUAUAAAUUGAUAAACGGCGGCAUCAAAAUAUAUAAAGUGACGAGAAUCAUAUGCGAGAGAGAGGCAAGAUCGGUGUAAGCGUUCGUUGUGACGUCACAUGUCAUCCGUAACCGAUUCUACAGAUAAUUUUUGUCUUCCUAAAAUAUUGUGUUAUGUUUUUUUUGUAAUACUGUAAAAUACUAACAAGUGUGCGUAUAAAACAGCUUUUUAUAUAUUAAAGUAAAGGUGCCGGUUAUAUGUCAUUUCAAAACUCAGUCUAUAUCUUAAAACCAAUUCUUAAGUUUCAAAAUAGAUGUUUCCCGUUAGACCGAUUGACUUUAUAGGAGUAAAUUUUUGACCAUUGGACCGUUCGGCUAAAACAGACUGUAUCAUAUGAUUCAUUAGUCGAAAUGUAUAUUUCAUUUAAGAAAAUGGUGUUCCAUAAUUUUGUAUAAUAUUGUAUUGUUUUCCCUUUAAACCACAAAUGGGUAGAAAUGUUUGAAUGUAUGAUAAAAGUCGCUAGUUAUAUGUUAUAGUGGCUACUUAUGAAUAAGUAUUACAAUAUUUAAAUAAAUAAGCUCUCACUGGUUUAUUCCAAUUGGUAAAUAAAGAAAAAAAACGAACUAAAUGCAAUUCAAAAUUUGUUACCUUUAUAAAUGGAUAGGCUAUUAAUUGUUAUGUGUUUAUUUGAUUUUCGCCAUUUUGGCGCUAAUUGUUGCGCUUGAUCCAUGUUACGAUUUUAAAUUAAUAAUUAACUGUUAUUAAAAUCAAAAAGUCACGUUUAUCUAUUUAUAAAUAUCUAUGCUUUUUAACAAGUUUAGUUUGACAUCUAUGGUUAUAUCAAGUGGCAAUUGUUUCCCACUGAAAUUGGUCUACUGACUUUAAAAUUAAAGUUUUUUACAAGAUAUUUUUAAUAAAUUCAGUUCUGUAUCUAACAAAAAAAA